AUGACUGCGCAGCAAUUAUACGCGAAGAUAGAGACUCCUAUCUCCUUACCGAACAAUGGAAUCACGGAUUCAAUGCUGUCCAAGAUUACACGUUUUAGGUCAAGCAUUGAUCAAAUUAAGGAGGAGAAUCUUGAUCUCGAAAGAAUGCGCGAUCAAUACAUUAUCCACCUGCAGCAAUGUCAGGAGGAUCAUGAAAUUCUUCGAAAUAUAUACAAAAGUUUGAAACAAAAGCUCGAUCGUGCGACGUUAUCAUUAGAUUCUGGAGGUGGCCAAAACCGUGGUGCAGAUGAUCAGCAAGCGCAACAGGCAACCGGCAAUGCUGCAGCUGCCUCACAAGAUGCUCUUGCUAUUAAGCCUUACAAUCCAGAAGUAAAAUUUUUGAAUACUACCCCAGGCUUGAACGUUACAUUGAAAGGUGCUUUUAUGGUCGAUGACAUUAUCUGCGCAGUAGCAUACAAUAAACAAGGCACACAAAUCGCAUUUUCAGCCGGAACUAGCUUAUUCGUUUUAGAUUCAGCUGCUGGUAAGUUAGUAACCCAGAUCGACCUUCCUCCACCGGAGAAGCCAGCCAGCAGCAGUAGGGCAAUUGCAUUUUCUCCAGAUGGAAACUACAUCGCUUUAUCUGUCGCUCCAUUUUAUAUUUAUAUAGUUAACAUCCAAGAAAAAGCAAUCAAGAAAACACUUACAGGCGGAACCCUCGAAAUUUCAUCUUUGCUGUAUAACAGUGAAGGAACUCUUUUAAUUUCGGGAAAUUUCGACGGAUCAAUUAUCGUAUGGGAUACAGCAAACUAUACAGAGAAGAAGCGAAUUCCUCCGAAAGACAAGGAUAGCGCAAUCGUUGGAAUUGCAACUUCCCCAGAAGAUUCUUAUUAUGCAGUUGCAUCAAGUGCUGGUAAAUUUACGAUAUAUACAUCCGAAUUCGAGAACACUACUUCGUUCGAUGCCCAUAAGGAAAAUAUGCUUGGCAUCGCCGUAUCUCCUUUAGAUGAGACAAUAGCUACAGUUUCACAAGACAUGACAGUUAAGGUAUGGGUGCUCCGUGUUGUUGCAACUCUUAAGUCUGAGCUUAAAGGACAUACAGAUUAUACCCUUACAGCUUGUUUCUCUCCAGAUACUCCAUUAUUGUUCUCAGGGUCAAAGGAUCAGACUAUACGUAUAUGGAAUUACAAGAAGGGAGAACUCAAAACUACAAUUGCUGCGCAUGUUAAUACGGUAUUUUCAAUAGCUCAUCAUCCAAAAUCGAAUCAGUUCGUUUCUGUAGGCGGUGAUCACAUGUGUUGCAUCUGGGAAUAUAAUGAACAGUAA